AAAUCGCAACCCACAUUCAUUGUGAAAAGUGAGCUCUGACCUUACAGAAGAAAAUUUUGACUAUUUUUCCCCUCGUUGUUUUGCUUGCUCGUUUUCCCUAAGUGCCCUGUCACCAUGCGCCUGUUAAUGAAGAAUAUGUUCACCACCCCCUUCAUGUUAGCAAUCCUGUGUCAUUUCAUCGGCGGCAACCCCUCCUACGCUGGGGUAUGUUGGCUCCAACAAGGAAGAAAUGGAAAAUGCCAGGCUUUAUCCAUGACACGGAUUGAUCGAGAGGAGUGUUGCAGCAGUGGAAGUGCUCAAGCUGCUUGGACAAGCCAUGAUAUACCAGAGAAUGAUAUUUUAAAACUUAUAAUUCUCGGUGGAAUUAAUUGUUUCCCUUGCCACAAAUCUUGUGAGGGUGUGGAUUGUGGACCUGGGAAGAUUUGCAAAAUGAAUAAGCAUAACAAGCCAACAUGCAUCUGUGCACCUGACUGUUCCAAUGUCACAAAGAAAGUACCUGUGUGUGGAACUGAUGGUAAAGUCUACAAGGAUGAAUGUGCUCUCCUUUUGGCAAAGUGCAGAGGACUGCCAGAGCUAGAAGUGCAGUAUCAAGGAGAAUGCAAAAAGUCAUGCACACAGGUUUCAUGCCCGGGUACCUCCAUGUGUGUAGUAGACCAAACUCACAGUGCACACUGCGUGAUGUGUAGAGUGAUGCCUUGUCCAGAACCAUUAUCAUUUGAGCAAGCUCUUUGUGGGAACAAUGGUAUUACCUACCAUAGUGUGUGCCACCUGAGACGUGCCACUUGCUUACUGGGAAAAUCCAUUGGUGUUGCUCACUAUGGGAGAUGCAAUGCUUCAGAAGAAGGGGUCAAGCAAAAAGGAGACAAUCAAGAAAAUACGGUGUUUUCGAAACUUCUCCUCGGAUGGUAGUUUAUAAUGAAUCAAGAAGUUAUAAUCAGAGAAGGAAAGACAUUGGGGCAAAAAUUCCUCUGGGCAUUAGAGUAGUGCCUUCACUGUGUGAGCACUAAUGCAUAAGUUAUUUGAUGCGUUAGUGCUUUCAAAAUAUCCACUCAUUUCUUCCUUUCACUAAUGUGACUGAUUUGUUAUCUCAUGUUAAUGCACAGAUUAGGGCUCAAGACUUUUCACUUCCAAGGGCUUACUAAGGCACAACUAAAGUGGCUUGUGCAAAAAUA